GAGCGGCGGCAGCGUGGUGACCACCAGCCAGGUGCGCGAGAUGAUCGCUCAGCGCAUCGACGCCGACGCCGCGAAGGUGCAGGCCAGGUUCGAGCGCGGCGCCGCCGCCGUCGCCUCGCAGGCGGCCUCUGCGCAGCCGGCGCAGGAGGGCCGCCAGGAGGAGGGCUCAUCGCGGCGGCCCCCACUGCCAGCUCCAGCGCCG